UCAGCUUGAUUAGUGACUAGGAAUUCGCCUCAACCUGGAAUUACGCUUUUUUUAAGUCACAUUUCGGCGACAUUUUUAUGUAAAUAAGCAUUAUUGUUCAUAUUAUGACAUUCAACUGACUCCCUGACUGAAAAAAUCCAUGAUUAAAAUUAUAAAUAGGUUUUAAAAAUUGGUCAUUAAUUUAUUGUUUUAUUAAAUUAUUACUUGCAAUAUUUAACAUGACGAUUGGGCAAAAAUGUUGUAGGUCUAGGUUUGUGUGCAUCGUUUUUUUUAAGUCGUUAUUUGGACUUUAAUUAGCAGAUUUAGUUUUUUAAUAAAAUUUCAUAACAAGGUGUUUAUGCAACCAACAAAACAGCCGCAUUGCAAAAAUGCCUAUAGAAAAGCGUAAAAUCGCACCCGCUCAUUAUUUUGCAUUUUUCUUGAAUUCGUCCAAUUUUCCGCCAAUGUCAACUUCCUCACUUAAGUAGAUUAGGGCCUAAUUUUCGCUUCCUCUUCUUGUUUACCUAACACAAUUCCCGUCUUCACCGAAACCGAAGAAUGUUUUAAGCACACACCACUUCCGACUUCGGAACAAUACAGAAACAAUAGCCUUUCUGUGGGUCAAACAAGGCAGGGCCAGUGUUAAUACUUGCUUAAAAUAAAAACCUAGUUUCGCAUAUUGUCGCAUUAUCUAAAACCAACAAAGCCAUCCGUAUAAAAUGGUCCCAGUUUUCCACGUUUGGUAUUCAUUUUCACGCCUCCACCGAAAAUGUUGCACUCUCGAGUCUUCCUUUUCAUUUUACUUUCAGUGAGUGUGAAGUGCGAGUUAUGUUCGUGGAAGGAGAAUUUCGAGCAAGUGGCGAAAUGUGCAGCUGUGCGCGCUUUGAAGUCGUUUGAAAUUGCCGAAAGACAGGACGGGUUGGAAAUAAUGCCAGGGGUUGCGCUCCAAAGAAAUGGGUCCUAUUCUGGGAGAAGUGCAAAGAAGCUGGAGUUUUCGGUCCGGACGGCUAACACGAGCGAACUCCUGGACUUGCUUUUAAGCCAAGCGUCGCGUUUCCUCAAUUCUAGGGUUUUGCAAAUUAAGUUGCCACUGCAAGUGCCGCAAAACCUAGCCAGGUCUUUCGAGGAAGCCCGUGGCAAGGUGAAGAAGACAAUGGGUGGCCUAAUUCUGGGGCUUGGGACCAGGAUGAUGUCCAUGAUUCCGGUCAUGUUCGGGGGCCUCGUGCUUUUGACGACGAAGGCCCUCAUUGUGGGGAAAUUAGCCUUCGUUAUCUCUAUUAUCCUAUUCAUUCAGGUGUUCUUCAGCGGACGGCCUUUUCCGUUCUUUAAUUAUGGAGGAGGUACUUUUAACAUUCCGCCGACUUAUGGGGUACCUACCACUUAUGGUACCAAUUUUGGGACCAACUUUGGUACCAACAGCCUGGGCGGAUGGAGUUCCGCGCAAAAUCCAUACGCUAGGUCGUUCAAUGUUUCGCAAAAUGAGAGCAACAGUGAGGACUAUUCGUAACAAUUGGAAUAAAAAAAUAUUAUAAGCAUUAUUUAUUGUUCUAUUUAUUUUUUCGUAAUAAAAAUCACGAAUUUUAA